UAUGUCCAUGUCAUUGAAAUUUAGUUAUAUACCAUAUAAAAUAAAUAAAAUAAUUUUUUUAUUUAUUUACCAAAAAAGUAUCGUAAAUAAAUAAGAUGUAUUGUUUUGAUUUAUGUGCUUACUCUAAUUUUAUUAUACAAAAUAAAUAAAUAAUAAUAGAUAAAAAUAAUUAUAUAUAUAAUUCAUCCCGCGCAAUUGCGCGUGUCUUAAGCUAGUUAAACUCUAAACAAUAAUCACUAGACUCUAAUCGUAAAUGUUAGAAUAUUUUUGACAGAGUGUAUUAUAAAAAGUAUUAACUAAAGUAUUUUUAGCAAUUUAUUAAGUAAAUUUUGUUGUACGGGUUUUGAUGUUCUUUGCAUACAGGAAAAAGACAAACCUAAGAGUAAACAUAUAAAAUCUAUGUUUGGUUCCGAAAAUUAAUAACAUGUCAUAUACAAAUUCAAUUGUUUUUAAAAUAAAUUAUACAAUUUAAGAGUUAUUUUAAGAGAUUUAACGCAAAUAACAUGAAUUGGAAUUUUUUAAUUUCAUGGUAAAAUAGAUUGAAAAGGAAAUCAAAGUUUCAAGCGUGAGUAAGAGUAAAAGAGAAAAUUAAAUACAUAAAAUAUAGGAACUAUCAUAGUCGAAUUUUCUGGUCAUUACUUUAAUUUAUUUAGGCUUUGUGGUUAUUGAUCCGUAAUUGCACUUUCAUAUAGGUUUAUCUGUUUUAGAUUUUAAUUAAGAACUAGAUUUUGACCCGCGCUUUGUUCGAAACAUUCCAAAUUUAUUUGAUAUAAAUUUGUAUUUUAAUUGUAUCUAUACUUAAAUAUUACAAAUAGAACAUUAUAUUCAAUGUUUUGAAACCCGACCCGACCCGCAGUAAAAUUGGCAAAUUCGGUGGCUCAUAUGUAAUCCAUUUUAGUUUUCAAAAAGAAAAAACUGUUAUUUAAAAAUUCUAUAAAACCUGUAACAACUGCUAAAACCCGAGAUCUGGUUUUCGGUUGAGCUGGUAAAUGAUCCAAUAUGUAAUUUGGUUUGAUUUAUUAUUAUAUUUAGAGUAUUGUAAUAUAUAUUCAUGAAUGUUCAGAUGAAUAGUGAAUAUAUUAUGAAAGUGAUAUUUCAAUUUAAAUACAAUUUUAGUCCAACUAAAAUUCCAUCUUGUUAAUGGAUAAAUAUUUGAGAGGAUGCAUACUAAAAAUGAAAUAUAUUUGAGCAUCAAUAAUAGGUAUACGUCUAUUACAAAUUAAUGAUUUACGUUUUGCAAAAAAAAAUUGUUUAUUUAUUUAGUUAGUGUACUUUUGUUAUUCACAUGUUAUUAGAUACUUUUUGAUGUUUGUCUAUGGCUUAUUUUAAAUUUAAAAGUUAAUUUCAUUAUUGGCAUUAGAAAUGUAAAUAUUUAUUAUUUUAUUUUGAUAUAUAUUUUUAUUAUAUUUAAUUCUUAAUUUUUAUAAUUUAUAUAUAUAUAAUUAUACUUUUAAAUAAUUAUAAUAUUAACCCUUACUCUCUGGCAUCUAUUCAUGUUAAUGUAAUGUUUUAUGAUAUAUUUGUGUUAAUAUAUUUGUUCAAUUAGUUUAUAUUUGAUAUAUAUGUUACAUGUCUCUUUGAGUAACUCGUAAAAAAUAUAUUCAUAAACCUAUCAACAGUAACAUGUUUCAUCGUAUAAUUACUAUUAAUAUUUAUUUUAUCAUAUAUAAAUAUAUAUAUAUAUAUUUAAUACUCUAACUAUAAAAAUUAUAUUUUUAUGUAUUUGGUGAAGGUUUUGAACAAUUUGUUUUUUUUUUUGCAUUUGGAUUAAUAUAUAGUUGUAUAUAUACAAAUGAAUAUAUAUAUAUAUAUAUAUAUAUAUAUAUAUAUAUAAGUAUUUAUUACAUUAAUAACUAAAAUAUAAUUGAUUAGUUAUUUAAAUUUAGAAUUAAUAUAAAUUAUUUUCAUUAGUUUAAAAAAUAACAGAUUAGUUAGUUAGUUCCUUAAUUUUAGGUAUGAUGUAUAUUUAAUAAUCAAAUUAGAUAUGAAUAGAAAUAAUAGGAAACUAGGUGAUAAUCCGCGCUCUGCGCGGAAUGAGUAGAUUUAAAGAUAUUAUUAAUUUGAAUUAAUAUAUAUUAUUAAGGUACAUUGCAUAGAAAAAUGUAAAAAUUCUAAAAUAACAGUUUAGACUAAAAUACAGAUUUCACUAACUAAUUAAACCUGAUUUUUUUUUAACUUGUCUAUGUUAUAUUUUAUUUGUCCUCUAAGUAGCGAAAAAGAGUCAAUAAAAGCCAUAAAAGAAAGUAAAAACUAAUAUAAAUCAACUAUGAAUUAAAGAUAAAACAAAACAUAAGCAAUAGAAUAAUAAAUCCUUCUGGAACACAAUAUAAUAAAAAACAAAUUAAAAUUGAGAAAAACAUCUCCGGUGAAUAAUGUCUUCAAAACUCCUCAUUUGCAAUCCUAUUAUGAGCAUUACAAAAGUUAAAACCUUAAAGCAUAUUAAUCACAUGACUUAAGUGAAUUGUAAGAAAUGCAUUACCUCAUUCUAACAAUAUCCACCAUCACUCUCCACAUAGUUUUAAAGGGCUUCAAGUCGGCAACCGAGUUAAACAAUUCCAUGAUUUUUAGAUAGAUUGAAUGUAGUGGUAUAAUAGUUUUGAAAAUGAGACAAUUGUGAGUACAUGUAGCUAUGAUGAACUCCUAUUUAUAUAUGCAAACAUAAUUAAUCUACAAUUAAUGUUAAAUUUCAAUCAGUUUAAAAUCGAAUUUAUGGUGAUGGAAUUAAAAUCCUAAAUUGCUCUUAUAAUUCCAAUCAGUUUAAAAUCGUGAAUAAAUCAUGUAGUCAAUUAUUAUAAAAUUUAUGAUGAUUGGAACUAUGAUUCAAAACCAUAAGCAAUUAUUAAAAAAAAUAUGAUGAUUGGAAAUCAUGUAGUAAAUUCAGCCAAUGUAGUAAAAUCGAAUUAUUGCGAAAUUUAAUUGCAUUUAUAGCUAGUUUCUCAAUUAUUAUAAAAUUUAUGAUGAUUGGAAUUAUUAUUCAAAAUCGUAAGUAAUUAUUAUAAAAUUUAUGAUGAUUGAAAAUCAUGUAGUAAAUUUAGUCAAUGUAGUAAAAUCGAAUUUGAAAAGAAAUUUAAUUGCAUUUAUAUCUAUUAUUGUAUUUUAUGCUAAUAUUACCAUGCAACAUAAAAUCGAAGAAGAAGAUACCUAAUUUGACAGCAACUUCAUGUAAAACAUAUUUAAAAGGGUGUGAUUUACAAAACCGUAAGCAAUUAUUGUAGAUCUAUUUUCGGUCAAUUAUAUGCAUCAUAUCUAUGUGACUUAAUGUAAACAUUGUUCUUUUCAUUUUCAUGCAAUAAACUACUAUAUGGUCCGAGCUUAUGCAUUAUAUUAAACUAAACAUAUAAAAUAUUUUUAUUUAUUUUUGAUUAACAUUGAGGUAUUUCAAACGUAUGCAAAGUUUAUCUCCGAAUCACAAAGUAUGCAUAUAACUUCAUAUAUAUAUAUUAGUGUUCCAAGUAUAUAUAAUUGACCGAAAACGAUAGAAUGCAACAAUAAUAUCGAACAUGAAAUAUGAAAUGCAUUGGUAGAAAGACAUUUUUAUAAAAUAUGAUAUCAUGAUGUACAUAAAGAGUUAACGAUGAGUCUUAAAAUAAUAUACUAUAAUGUAAUGACCAAUGGCAUUUUUUUGUAAUUAAUCUAGUUGAGAAAGGGCUUUUAAAAUAAUGAGGUGAGAGAGCUUGUGGUGAUGACACCUAAGAAAUGGUACACGUGUAAUAAACACACUAAUCAAAUGUUAGUUUUUACCAAUGCUCCUCAAAUAAUAAAAAAGGGAUAUAAUUAAAUAUAAUGGUCCAACCUAAUCUAUUUGUAAGUAGAUAAAAAUUGAUUUUGUUUUAAUAGUAUUGAUAUCUAAAGUUAUAGUUGCAAAAAUAAAAAGAUAAUCUAUAAAAUCUGUUUAUUUACACCAGUUUUAAGGGAAUUAAUAUUAGAGAAAAGGACCAAAAUAGCACUAAAUCAAGUUUUUGUUUCCAAACUAACACUCAAGGACAAAAGUCGCAGAAAUAGCACUCAAGGGGUGGAGUUUAGGGUUUAGAGUUUAGGUUUUAGGGUUUAGAGUUAAGAAGUGAGGUUUUGGGGAUAAGAUUUCAAAUUUUGAAAAGUAAAAAAAUUUAAAUUUUUCAAAAGAUAAAAUGCUAUUUUGGUCAUUUUAGUUUUUGAGUGCUAUUUUUAUGAUAUAAACUUAGAAAGGUGCUAUUUUGGAGAUUUGCCCUUAAUAUUAUUAGAUCAUAAAGGAAAAGGAAAGAACUGCAGGAUGCAAAUCACUAAAUCAGUUACGUAGAACCAUUAUAAAAAAAAAAGGAAAUCAAUAAUAUGCAAAACAAAACUAGAAAAAGAAAAUCCAAAGUAGAUAAGGUCCAUCCUAUGGUUGUAUCUCUCUCAUAUAUGAAAAGCGGAAUAACGGACCUAAGCAAAACAAUAUUAGGAAUUAAUCAAAUUAUAUAGUAUAUCUUAUUGGUUAGAUAAAUAUAAAAAUCUUCAAAUUCUCAAAGGGAAAAGGUUAUAUGCUCAAACGAUACCUCGAGCCCUAUAUAAACAUCUCAGCGCCUCUCAACUUCUAACCAAACAAACUUACAACUUCAUAUAUCUCUUCCAAACUUGCUUAGCCUGCAUAAUUCUCAUUCCAAAUAAAGAAGAACAAAACAUCGAUCAUGGCUUUGAUCAAGAACGGAUCCUUAUUCACUUCUUUGAUGAUUUUUGUGGCACUCUUUGGAGUUGCAGUUGGAGGCACCGUUCACAAUGUCGGAGACUCAAAAGGAUGGACCAUGAUGGGCGUUGAUUACGAGGCAUGGGCUUCUUCAAGAACUUUUCAAGUCGGAGACUCUUUGGUCUUCGUAUACAGCAAAGACUACCACGACGUCAACGAAGUCACUCCCAACAAUUUCGAGCAGUGUGAACCAUCUAAUCCAUUAGAAAGAUACGAAACCGGGUCCGACACGGUCACUCUAACAAACCCAGGAGUCCACAACUUUAUAUGCGGAGUUCCUGGUCACUGCGACAUCGGACAAAAGCUUCAAAUAGUAGUGUUACCAGCCUCGUUGGGUCCUGUUGCAGCUCCUGUUAGACCACUCCGAUCACCCAGCUCAUUCUCGUCUUUUUCACCAUCUCCGUUGGCUGAUUCACCGGUUAAUAAUGGUCCAAGGUACCAGAUGGGGCCAGCACCAGCUCCACAUAGUGCAGCUUCGGAUUCUAGUGCGUGGAUGGGAUUCUACUCACUAAUUUCUUUCUUUUCUCUUUUCAUCUUAGUUUGAUACACAAGCAAAUUGUUGCCUUUUGGUUCUACUUCUUAAUGUUUAGUUUUUGCCUUUGAGAAGUUUGAGUUGCCCUUAUCUUGUUUCUUCUUCCCUUUCAUUGUUUUGUAUUACUUAAAAUAAUAAAUUUAAUCAAUUUCGUUUUGAUCUCCUUGUGAACUUAAAUUAUGUACUUCUUGCACUGUUUUUUUUUAAAUUUAUAAAUUUGUAAAAUAAUACUUCCUCUCUUCUUAAAUAUAAGAUGUUUAGAA